ACCUAGUUUACGGCCGCCACUGCCGUAUUUCCUGGGGCGCCCUUGCCUAGGUGGUUUGUAAGUGCUGGUAGUGGCUGAAUCACUUUGUGAUAAAGGCAUAAACUUGGUGGGCUGGGAUGAACCGCGUUCCUGGUGGAAGCAGGAGAACCGAGCAGGUGCCAUGGCCAGUACAGUGGUAGCAGUUGGACUGACCAUUGCUGCUGCAGGAUUUGCAGGCCGUUACGCUUUGCAAGCCAUGAAGCAUAUGGAGCCUCAAGUAAAACAAGUUUUUCAAAGUCUACCAAAAUCUGCCUUCAGUGGUGGCUAUUACAGAGGUGGGUUUGAACCCAAAAUGACAAAACGGGAAGCAGCAUUAAUACUAGGUGUAAGCCCUACUGCCAAUAAAGCCAAAAUAAGAGAUGCUCAUCGACGAAUUAUGCUUUUAAAUCACCCAGACAAGGGAGGAUCUCCUUAUAUAGCAGCCAAAAUCAAUGAAGCUAAAGAUUUGCUAGAAGGUCAAGCUAAAAAAUGAAGUAAAUGUAUGAUGACUUAAGUUCUUAUUCUCUAAUGCGUUCCAGCUUUUUAUAAUAAAAUGCCUCAAACCUA